AUGAACGGCGCCGCGGCGGACGGGUCGUGCUUGCUGCAGUUCGACGCGGCGACGGCGACGGAGUUCCUGCGGCUGCAACGCGUGCUGAUGCGGCAGGACGCGAGCCGCGCCACGAACGCCGACACGCUGUCGUGGCUGUUCGACGCCGCCAAAGCGCGAAUCGACGAGCUGGCGUGGCGGGACGGCAAGCGCAUCCGAAUGACGACGGAUAUUCGUAAGCGCGUUCACCGUCGCAUCAGCGCAUUCACCGUGACCUUUAAGUCGAAUCAAAAGAACGGCAAGUGCAUCCGAAUGACGACCAGUAUUCGCAAGCACACCUACCGCCCUUGCAUUCAGCCAGCAGCACCCCGAGUGGAGCAAGAGCGUGCUCUACCUCCUCAUCAGGUGGCUGCACCACCACCUCUCCCUCACCGUGCCCUUCCUUCCAUUCCCUUUCCCAUUUUUCCGCAGGCCAAUGAGCCAACCGCGCUGGCAUUCAGCGAGCAGCACCCCGAGUGGAGCAAGAGCGUGCUAUACCUCCUCCGGUGGCCGCAGCACCAGCUCUCCCUCACCUUCACCGCCCCUCCCCAACUCUGCUCCCUUGGGCCGCACAUCGCCUGCUCCGGCCGCAAGCUCUCCUCCCUCUCCCUUAAACUGCGCGGCACGGUGGAUGGGGAUGAGGAGCAGGAGCACGCGCACCAGUACGCACAGCAGCACGCACAGCAGCACGCACAGCAGCACGCGCACCAGCACGCGCAGCAGCAGGAAUACACGCACUUGUCCCUUAGUUUCCUCAAAGACUGCUCGCAGCUGCACCGUCUGAAGCUGGGCCGCGGCAGGUGGGAUCUCACCAGCCAAUGCGCCGACGCCACGUGGACGAAAUCCCUCCGCUGUCUCGCAAUCAAGCACGUGGAUUGGACCAGCCUGAACCUCGAAUUCCUCAAGCAAAUCACCCCCCAGCUUACCGAGUUCACACUCUACGAGCCUGAGCCCUGCAGCAGCCUCGCUCACGCCCCCCACGGUCCCCAUUUCGGUGGCUACCACAGCCUCUCCUUCUCUUUCUACGUUGCUCGCCUCCUCCGCUUCCGCUUCCCCCACUGCGAUCUCAAGCCCACCCUCACUGUCUCCCCAAUGCUCAAGACUCUAUCGGUGGUGGCCAAACGGCUGGUGCUCUCCUGCAAGAGCAUCGCCCCUCUUGAUCUCGACCACCUCUCGCUGUACGGCCAGGAUCGUCUCGUCAUCCCCUCCCUCUGCCUCGCAUCGGCACGAGUGGCCUACCUCAACGGCCCUCCCAGCGACGAGCUCUCGUUCCCCUCCAUCUACUCCUCCCCUGCGCUCUCCUCCCGGCUGCCUCAAUACUUGCGAGACAUUCCUCUUUCCCGGAGUAGAUCGUCUUUUUCUUGGACCGCAUGGCUGCGUGCGAUUGCGCCUAAAGUGGAGGUGCUUAUAGUGAGGCACGGGGUGCCUAUAGAAAGGGUGAAGGCGGUGUGGAGGAGCCUGCGUAGCCUCGGGAUUGUCGUGGGCGGCAAGGUUUGUCAUGACCCGGACUGGGAGGCUGCGGUGGAUAGGUCCGAUGAGUACAGAGACGGCGAGGAAGCGGAGGAUUAUAGCGAGUAUCAGAUGGCUGUGCAGCAGGAUUAUAACGAGUAUCAGAGGGAUGAGAAGAGCGGCGUGCUGCGAUGCCGCUUUGAUGAGAAGAAACGGGCCAAGAAUGUGAGGGAGAAGAUGCACAGUGUGAAUGGGGGGUUGGUGGAGGGGUAUAUUGGGGAGGAGGAUGAGCGGCAUAUUCUGAAGUAUCAAGGACGUCAGUAG